AUGGCACGCCCCACCCCCACAACCAGGCCCCGACCGGGACCCCACCCCAACAUCGAUCAAUUAGCGUCCAGUACUAGUAGUCCCGCCCUCCGUACCCCCCGGACCCAAGCCAACGACGGUUGCACGCCGCACGGGACCAUCGACCUCACCGUUCCCGAAGGUACAUCGCUCCGCAGCUUCCGCUCGGUCGGCACGCACCCUGUCUCGGACGAUACGCUCGACAGCCUCGAACACUUCGCGCGAUUUUGUCUUCAAUCCCGCGGACAUCAACCAGAGACGAGCGACAGGAUCGCGGGUCACUCGUUCAUCCUUGACGGAGAAGCCGGCAACGACAUACCCGAACUCACGGUCCCGUCACACUCGCCCUACGACGACAAGUACAAGUACCACAUCACACUAUUCGACUCGGUCCCCGACCGCACGGCCUUCCUCAAGUGGUUUGCGCUCCGCACGAAUGCGCUGCUGACGGCCUACAUGCCCUCUCGUCUGGACGACCUCCAUAACAGUAAGUGCCGGAUCGUCUUCCGCACCAAAGAAGUCCCUGCCAUCCUCCGCCUCACCGAAACCACGUCAUUGCGCGAGGUCGCGGGCGAGGACGAGAAACUGGGUGAGGAGCCCGGUCCGAAUGUUUAG